GAAGAAUCGCACUUUACAAUUUAGUUGAACAAGAGCCAUCAACAAUCGUACACAUUAAGCCAGUAUUCGGUUAAUUUUUAAACUAAAUUGCUAAAUCAAUCAUGUCAAAGGUUACAUUAUAUUAUACUCUAUUGAGUCCACCAUCGCGUACAAUUUUAACUGUGGCCGAAGCAAUUGGAUUGGAUUUAGAGAAGAAAAAUUUAGACCUCUUUAAAGGUGAACACUUGACACCAGAAUAUUCGAAAAUCAAUCCGCAACGCACAGUCCCUGCUAUUGUUGACAAUGGUGUGAUCAUCUAUGACAGUCAUGCUAUCGCUGGAUACCUUUGUGAUAAUUACGCAAAAGAUGACAGCCUUUAUCCGAAAGAUAGUGUUCAACGUGCUCAUGUGAAUGCAAGAUUGCAUUUCGAUACUGGCAAUCUGUUUGCACAUCUGGAUUAUCUUUGGUACGAAUUUUUCGAGUAUGGUGCAACUGAGCUGCCGACAAAGAUCUUAGCUAACAUUAAGAAAUGCUACAAUACUAUGGAACGAUUUUUAGAAAACGGAAAGUUCUUGUGCGGUGAUAACCUCAGCAUUGCCGAUAUUUCGUGUAUUACGUCAUUAACAUCAAUGGACACAUUUCUGCCAAUCGAAGAAGAGGCAUAUCCCAAGCUCACCAAAUGGGUUGAAACAAUGAAAGCUUUCCCGUUCUACGAAGCGAAUAGAGAAGGUGCAAAACUAUGCCAGGAUAUAAUGUGGAAUAAAUUUAAAGAGAAUCAGUCAAAAAAACAGUGAAAAAUUAUAUGUUACACAAGUGGAACACGUUGAAAUUGACUCAAGCUAUACAUAACAUGCAUGCCAAUAAAUUCGACUUGCGAUCAAAUCAAUCAAAGUUUCGA